GGAAGAGGGAGACGCACAGACAGAUAGGAGGACACCCUCUGGAGCCACUUGCAGGCUGAGGAUCUCGCCUUGAUACCCUAGCAGUCCAGGGAGCUAGACGCCAGGUUUAAUGGUUUCUUUUCUUUUUUUUUUUAUCCCCAUGGGUAGAGUUAACAUUUUUCUACUUAUUCUUAAAAAGAAAUAACCCCUGAAGCACAUUCCUUUUGCCCACCUGCUCUUAGUUUCCAGGAUAACCUAAAACUCCAGCCAGCUAUAGCAUCCAGUCUGCUCUUUCUGUUUUGCACACAGAUGGAGUGGCCGGACGGGAGCAGCUCUUGGCUCAGCAAAGAAUGCACAGUAUGAUCAGCUCAGUGGACGUGAAAUCAGAGGUUCCUAUGGGCCUGGAACCCAUCUCGCCUUUAGACCUAAGGACAGAUCUCAGGAUGAUGAUGCCUGUGGUGGAUCCUGUCGUCCGCGAGAAGCAACUGCAGCAAGAAUUACUUCUUAUCCAGCAGCAGCAGCAGAUCCAGAAGCAGCUCCUCAUAGCAGAGUUUCAGAAGCAGCACGAGAAUUUGACAAGGCAGCAUCAAGCACAGCUCCAGGAGCACAUCAAGUUACAACAGGAACUUCUAGCCAUAAAACAACAGCAAGAACUCCUAGAAAAGGAGCAGAAACUGGAGCAGCAGAGGCAAGAACAGGAAGUAGAAAGGCACCGCAGAGAGCAGCCGCUUCCUUCUCUCAGAGGCAAAGAUAGAGGACGAGAAAGGGCAGUGGCAAGCACAGAGGUUAAGCAGAAGCUUCAAGAAUUCCUGUUGAGUAAAUCGGCAACGAAAGACACUCCAACCAAUGGAAAGAAUCAUUCCGUAGGCCGCCAUCCCAAGCUCUGGUACACGGCUGCCCACCACACAUCACUGGAUCAAAGCUCUCCACCCCUCAGUGGAACGUCUCCAUCUUACAAGUACACAUUACCAGGAGCUCAAGAUAGCAAGGAUGAUUUCCCCUUGCGAAAAACUGCCUCAGAGCCCAACUUGAAGGUGCGGUCCAGGUUAAAACAGAAAGUGGCAGAGAGGAGAAGCAGUCCCUUACUCAGGCGGAAGGAUGGAAAUCUUGUCACUUCAUUCAAGAAGCGAGUGUUUGAGGUGGCAGAAUCCUCGGUCAGUAGCAGCUCUCCAGGGUCAGGUCCCAGUUCACCAAACAAUGGGCCUGCUGGGAAUGUUACCGAAAACGAGGCUUCAGUUCUGCCUCCCACGCCUCACCCCGAGCAACUGGUUCCACAGCAGCGCAUUCUAAUUCAUGAAGAUUCCAUGAACCUGCUAAGUCUCUAUACCUCCCCUUCCCUGCCCAAUAUCACUCUGGGACUUCCAGCAGUGCCGUCCCCACUCAAUGCUUCUAACUCACUCAAAGACAAGCAGAAGUGUGAGACACAGAUGCUCAGACAAGGUGUUCCUCUGCCCAGUCAGUAUGGCAGUAGCAUUGCAGCGUCCUCCAGCCACGUUCAUGUAGCAAUGGAAGGAAAACCCAACAGCAGCCACCAGGCUCUCCUGCAGCACCUACUGUUGAAGGAACAAAUGCGACAGCAAAAGCUUCUUGUGGCUGGUGGAGUUCCAUUACACCCUCAGUCUCCUUUGGCAACAAAAGAAAGAAUUUCACCAGGCAUUAGAGGUACCCACAAAUUGCCCCGCCACCGACCCCUGAAUCGAACCCAGUCUGCACCUUUGCCUCAGAGCACACUGGCUCAGCUGGUCAUUCAGCAGCAGCACCAGCAGUUCCUGGAGAAGCAGAAACAAUACCAGCAGCAGAUCCACAUGAACAAACUGCUAUCGAAAUCUAUUGAACAACUGAAGCAGCCAGGCAGCCACCUUGAAGAAGCAGAGGAGGAGCUUCAGGGGGACCAAGCCAUGGAAGACAGAGCAACCUCUAAGGACAACAGUACUAGGAGUGACAGCAGUGCUUGCAUGGAGGACACACUGGGACCAGUUGGGGCUGUGAAGGUCAAGGAGGAACCCGUGGACAGCGAUGAAGAUGCUCAGAUACAGGAAAUGGAAUGUGGGGAGCAGGCUGCUUUUAUGCAACAGCCUCCCUUGCUGGAGUCCUCACAGGCACGCACACUCUCGGUGCACCAGACUCGGCUGGCUGCAGUUGGCACCGAUGGAUUAGAGAAACAUGGUCUCCUCUCCAGGACUCAUUCUUCUCCUGCAGCCUCCAUGUCACCUCACCCAGCAGCCGACUGUCCCCGCCAGCCUGCCUCUGCCACUGGAAUUGCCUAUGACCCUCUGAUGCUGAAACACCAGUGCAUCUGUGGCAGUUCCACCACCCACCCUGAGCACGCCGGGCGAAUUCAGAGCAUCUGGUCACGGCUGCAAGAAACGGGGCUGCUAAAUAAAUGUGAGCGAAUUCAAGGUCGAAAAGCCAGCCUGGAGGAAAUACAGCUUGUUCAUUCUGAACAUCACUCACUAUUGUAUGGCACCAGCCCCCUGGACGGACAGAAGCUGGACCCCAGGACACUCCUAGGUGAUGAUUCUCGAACAUUCUUUUCCUCAUUACCUUGUGGUGGACUUGGGGUGGACAGUGACACCAUUUGGAAUGAGCUGCACUCGUCCGGUGCUGCACGCAUGGCUGUUGGCUGUGUCAUUGAGCUGGCUUCCAAAGUGGCCUCGGGAGAGCUGAAGAAUGGGUUUGCUGUUGUGAGGCCCCCAGGCCAUCAUGCUGAAGAAUCUGCAGCCAUGGGGUUCUGCUUUUUUAAUUCAGUUGCAAUUACCGCCAAAUACUUGAGAGACCAACUAAAUAUAAGCAAGAUAUUGAUUGUAGAUCUGGAUGUUCACCAUGGAAACGGUACACAGCAGGCCUUUUAUGCUGACCCCAGCAUCCUGUACAUUUCACUCCAUCGCUAUGAUGAAGGGAACUUUUUCCCUGGCAGUGGAGCCCCGAAUGAGGUUGGAGUAGGUCUGGGAGAAGGCUACAAUGUAAACAUUGCCUGGACAGGUGGCCUUGACCCCCCUAUGGGAGAUGUUGAGUACCUUGAAGCGUUCAGGACUGUCCUGAUGCCUGUGGCCAGAGAGUUUGAUCCCGACGUGGUCCUGGUCUCUGCUGGAUUUGAUGCAUUGGAAGGCCAUGCCCCUCCCCUAGGGGGUUACAAAGUGACAGCAAAAUGCUUUGGUCAUUUGACGAAGCAACUGAUGACAUUGGCUAAUGGACGUGUGGCAUUGGCUCUUGAAGGAGGACAUGAUCUGACAGCUAUUUGUGAUGCAUCGGAAGCCUGCAUAAAUGCCCUUCUAGGAAAUGAGCCUGGUCCUCUUGAGGAAGAUGUUCUCCACCAGUCCGUGAAUACGAAUGCAGCUGCUUCUUUACAGAAGAUCAUUGACAUCCAAAGCAAGUAUUGGAAGUCGAUCAAGAUGGUGGCUGCUGCAAGGGGCUGUGCUCUGCCUGCUUCUCAGCUGCAAGAGGAGACAGAGACGGUCUCUGCACUAGCCUCCCUGACGGUAGAUGUGGAACAGCCAUUUGCUCAGGAAGAUGGCAGAACUGCUGGUGAGCCCAUGGAAGAGGAGCCAGCCUUGUGAAGUGCCAAGUCUCCCCCGAUAUUUCCUGUGUGUGACAUCAUUGUGUAUCCCCCCACACACAACCCCAGCACCCUCAGACAUGUCUGCUGCCUGGGUGGCACAGUUUGAUGGAACAUAAACACUGGGCACAAAAUUCUGAACAGCAGCUUCCCUGGUUCUCUGGAUGGACUUGAAAGGGCAUUACAGAUUCCUGAAAUGUAACCACUGUGUAUCUAAAGUUACAGUAACCAGGGUUGGAAGAAACUGUUUCCAGCAUGCUUUUCUGCUGAUGACCCACUCCCAGGCACAAAGUGUGAGCUAGAAACCUUCAAUACAGCAUUCGAUAUUGUUCAUUUCAGAAGCUGUGACAGCCAGUGAAAUUUUGGGCAAAACCCGAGACGUACCCAUUCCUGACAUUCUGACCAGUGUCUUACUGUGUAGUUUACUGUCAAGUAGACUUAAAUUGUUUACAGGACUUCUUUUCAGCUGUGAGUCGCUGGGAAUUACAGACAGAUUGCGGUGGGUUGUAGGGAGUUUUUUCUCUUUGUUAUACUUUUGUUUGUUUUGAACUUUUUGCCUUUGUUCUAAUACACUUCCAUCCCUCCUGGCAGAAGUUCAGAAUGGACCUGGGAUAAGGAGUUUUUCCUUUUUAUUUUUAUUUUUUGGCGGGGCGGGGGGGGGGGGGGGGUGUGGUGGAGCCAUGGUUUCCCUGUGUAGCCCUGGCUGUCCUGGAACUCAUACUGUAGACCAGGCUGGCUCAGAACUCAGAAAUCCGCCUGCCUCUGUUCUAGGAUCAAAGGAAUGAGCCACCAGCACCCAACGACAACGAAGCUUUUCUUGUUUUUCUCGAUGGGGAAAAAAAAAUAUUGCAGUGUAUCUGACAGUUCAAAAGGAAUUUGCACACUACACGCAGUGUGGCAGUAUUUUGUGUCUACUUUUACUGGAAAUUUACAUCUGUCUCGGGCAGUUUUGAGAGGUGAUAAGGUCGCACCACCCCCAUGCAGCGCCACCUUGAGGGCAGUGGUUCUGGAGGUGCGUCCUUUGGGAGAUAGGCAGCCCUUGGACAGCACAGCACUUCUCAGGGGUGGUAGCUAGUUCCAGCUCUAUCUGGCGCUCAUUCUCUCCUCUUUCCUUCUCAGCCUUUCUUGUCACCCUUCCAUCUUUCGGAAAAAUCACCCCAAUCCCCCCAUUACUCGGGCGAUUUGUGUAUUUUAUUUAUUUUGUUUACUUUUCAGGUGAACCCACUCGUGUUAUCUAUCUUCCACUGUGGAACUACCUUAGUGAGUAUAGUUUAAGUGAUGCCACUGAAUUCCCAGGUCUUAGAAACGUGUCAGUGAAGGUGACAAUGGUCUGAAGUCCUUUUGAAUGGGGCCAAGCUAAGAAUUGUGCCUUCACAUGAAAACUAACCCAGAACUUAACCUUUGCACAGGUAGUAUUUCCAACAGAGGUUCAAAAUAAAGGACAUUUAAUUCUGAGAUUAAAAACAGCUUACUAAGUAAAAUAAAAUACAAACAAGUUAGCCCCUGCCUCUGAAAAUUGUGUUUCAGUGUAUAACUCAAAACACCUAAAGACAGUGAGGUAGAAUACCUUGCAUAUUUAAUAUCUGACAGUGCUUUUGAACAUUGAUUUUUUAAAUGUAUUUUCUUAACUCAAAGGAUAUAUUAAAGCCAUAAGUGAAGAUUGUCAUGCUUUUAUUCCAAAAUCUGAAAGAAACCUUAAUUAAAACAAGGUUUUAGGGAAGGCUAAGAUAUGAAAGACAUGGAACAAUGUGGUUUUAGUUAGGGAGGACUCCAACCUGUAAAUCAAAGAUGAAAGAUCUCACUCACAUAGAGUUACAUAACUCCCCUUUGUUAUACAGUCAGGCCACAUUUUUCAUGCAUUUGGUUUUUUUAGGAUUACCAUUUUAAUUUGAAAGACUUUUAUUACAUAUACAAAAAUGGCUUGGUACUUGGUUUAACAUCUUAGAAAUUUGAGAUACCCUUUGAAAUAGGAAAUCUGAAAUGGAAUGUAACUUAGUAUUAGGUAAAAAUUACUUACAUUGCAUAAGAAUUAAGUCAAUCUAGAUGCAUAAUUGUAAUAAAUCUCUUGUAAAUUCCAUUUUCUUUAUAUUUUAGAGAAAUUUAAUUAUAUUUGCCAGCUCUC